ACUUCAACGACCAUGAGCGAUCGGACAACGAUACCGGCGAGACCGCCGCCACCAGGCAUGACCAGCAAUUUGAUCGACCCCGUCACUACAGGAAACCAACAGACGAUAUGCAACAUCGUGUGUCUCGUAAUCGUCACCGCAUUCGUGAGCAUGAGGAUAUAUACGCGUAGCAAACUGGUCAAAUGUGUCAGUUGGGAUGAUNNUGUAAAUCUCAUAAUCCUGGCGACCAUGGUGUUCUACGCCGAAGUAGGACUAUUCCAGUACAUCGUCAAAGUAGGNCUUGGUAUGUAUAGUCAUUUUCCAUCCUUGAGUACCUCUCUAACGUGCCUACAGGGUAAACAUCUAUGGGAUGUCAGUGCUGCAGACUUCGCGCCGACCUUUCUGGAAGUCUGGACUUUUGCUGCCAUGACCUACUCUGUCUGCAUGUUACUCACCAAGAUGUCUAUCCUGAUGUUGUACCGAAGGCUGUUUCCCAUCGACAACUUCAGAUAUCUUUGGUGGAUGUGUGCGUUCUGUACUAUGGGGUAUGGUCUAGGAGCCAUCUUCUCCAGUCUUUUUGCCUGUGUGCCUGUCAGAGCCAACUGGGAUAUGACAGUUGUCCCUACAAGAUGCAUCAACAAGCAAGCCUUCUAUAUUGGUAACGGCGUGAUGAACAUCAUCAGCUCGAUGUAUGUGAUUACCUUGGUGUUGUGGUCAUCAACUUUGAUCUUUACUAACACAAUCUCUACAGUNUCUUGUGUCAUCAGUCUGGUGCGUCUCCUCAGCAUCGUAACCUGGAUUCGUGUAGGCGAUGGCGACAUCACCUAUACACUCCAACCCAUUGUGGUCUGGUCCGAGAUCGAACUUGCAGCUUGCAUCCUCUGCGCCAAUGCCCCAUGUCUCCGCCCCUUCUUCAAGGCCCACCUGUCCUUCCUCAGCAUCCACACCCACAAAUCCGCCUCUUCCAACGACAAAACCAAUGCCCCCAGGGACUUCCCCACCACCAUCGGAGGCAAACGCUCACGAGCCAUUUCUCCAUACCCUUACGACGAUACAGACGGCAUCUUCGACGGCACCCAAGACGUCGAACUCGAAAACUACGAUAUCGAGAUGAACGCAAAGUCCGUGGAGGGAGGACACCAGAAAAAGCAUUCAUAUGCUAAGCAUGGCUACAAACCUUCCACAGGGAACAUGACGAUUGUUUCUGUGUCUUUACAGAGCAGGAAUGCGAGUAGGAGGGGUAGUGUAUCUUCUUCAGACGACAGUGCUUCUGCCAAAGGUCCUAGUCGACAGCAGAGUUUGAAGAGUAUCGGGGAAGAAAGAAGGGGUAGGAAGGCUCAGCAGGAGGAAAGGGGCAUUGUGGUGCAUACGACUUAUAAUGUCCAGACUGCCAAAGAGGAGUCUUGCGUAUAA